AUGGAAGAGAAACAUAUUAGCACCGGCCUUAUUAAAAAGACAGUGAAGGAGCUCUUAGAGAUUGUAGAACAAGCAGACAAGUUUCCAAAAGAAAGCCUUUGUAUUCAGAGGUUUUUUAUGGAGCAUAGAAAUAAAAUAUUCGAUUUGGGAAAGCUAGUGGCCGUUCAGGCAGGAAUGCAGCCAGACUCACUGGAGGCAAUAAAGUUUGGAAAGCUUCUGGUGUUUAACUAUAUAUGCAGUAAUGUUGUAAGCAUUCAAUUUCUGCAUCAGAUACUAAGCGAUGAGGCGUUCAAAGUGCAUGUCUUUAGAAGCCAAAUCUGCAACUUUGUGAAAGAGCUAAUGGAGUAUGCAAAGAAAGACAAGAGUGACUUCUUAGCCUGCAUGAAAAGGGAAAAGACAGUUUUAAAACAGUUGAAAAACUCAGAAAAGGCUGCAAAGAAUGAUCCUGAGUGGACCAAAGAGAUAGAGGAUCUUGAAAAAAGAAUAAGAAACAUAUCUAUACUUAUCAAGGACAAGUCGCCAAAUAAGACGAAAGAGAAGGUAGUGCCAGAGAAGCAGCCACGUAGGAAAUCACAGUUCUUGGAAAGCCUUGAAAUACUCACACACUUUACAUGCUUUUGCGGGUUUAAAAGGCAUAGAAGGCCAUCAAAGUAUGCUAUUCUAAGGGAGCUCACUAUAAAUAUGAUUGAAACAGAAAGAGUCAGCUACAUUUCUGUAAUGCCCUUUCUGUGCAUGGACCGGCAGAAGAUAAAUAUUGAGAUGUGCUCUCCCAAUAGAGUAGAUUCAGAUAUGGCCAAAGCCGUAGAGAAGUAUAUAAAGUAUAUCCUGGUGCAGUUCUCAAAAUACGUUGAAAAUGACACUGUGCUUCUAAUUAAAAAAGCAAACAGAGACUAUAAAAAGACAGGGUGCUACAACAAAGAGAGACUGCGUGAUAUAUUCUUAAGAAUUUCUCCCAUAAGAAAGGAGUCAAUUCUUAAGGCAGUCAAUUCAAUCACUGACUCCUUUUUCUACAUAAAUAUUAUCCGGGUCAUAUAUCUUCUAAUCCAUGAUUUCGCCCAGAGUUAUUUGCAUAGACAGAAGGAAGUAGAAAAAAAAGACAUUCCUACAAUCCUUCUUAGUGAAAACAAAAUAUACCACAGAGCACUAAUACAGAAAUACUACAAAAACAAUACAAGUAAAGAGAGUAUGAGUGGUCAUAUGGUCAAGAUGCCAGCAAAAAAGAUCCAUAGAUUGGAUGUGCUUUUGCAAGAGUCUCCGGAAAUAUUCAAUCUGAGAAACAGAAAGUCAUUUGACAACAAGUUUUAUCUGGCUAGGGCUAUUUCAGAUGGAAUAUUCACUGAAAGUGGUGCCCUAUCCGGAUACUUCAGAAAAUACCAUGCUCUACGGGUGUCCAUUCUGCAGUCUGUUUUGUCUAUUCUCACAAGAAGAAUAGCAGAGGCUGUCCGAAAGGAAAUCUAUGCAAAAGGAGAGAGCACCAGAGACGAAAAGUGCCUUUCAAGGGAAGGAACAAAACAGAUACACUCUAUAGUAAAAAGAAGAAUACUAAGCACUUUAAACAUUCUUGCAAUUCGUUUCUUGAAAACGAAAAGCAUCAAACCCCGUACGUUCAUAUACAAUAUCUCUCCAUCCGAGUUUGAAAAGAGAGGUCUUUUUGGGCACUACAAUGAACUGUGUAUGUUUCUUCUUCUGGCCGUGCCUAUAUUUGCAUACUCUGCAAAUAUUCUGCAGUAG